AAGCACCGUUAUUGUGUGGCAGCUCACGGCAAACCAUCUCAGGAGAUAUGUUGCAGGCUAUUGUUCGAGCUGCCACAGCUCGAACACGAAAUUCAUUGAACCACCAUUACAUCGUCAUCCCUUCCACCACAAAGCUCACCAAUUCCUAUUUUUCUUCGAAAUCUAAAGCCCCCUCUUCAUCGAAGAACAAAUCCAAAGCGAAAUCGAAGAAAGAAACUUCUGCAAAGAUCGAUGAAGUCUCGACUGCUGCAGGUGAUGAUCUUGAUUCCGACCUACUCGACGAUGAUGGUCGCGCUCGCCACCUAGCCGAGGACGAGAAGGACAAGUCUCUCGAUGUUGGCCCCAAUGGAGGACCUCUCUUCACCAAUACAAAAUCGAUUUCUGAACUCACCAGAAAAGAUGCCUGUACAUACAUGAACUUCAGUAUGGAGGGCUUGAAUACAUUUUUACCAGAAGGAUUACCGACUGGGAUGACAAAAGAGUUUGAAGAGUCCAUGAGGAGUGCUUUGCUUGUUCGGCAGAGUUUCUUGGACCUUCGGGAUAAUUUCAGGCGCGCUGUUGAUCCGCCAAUGUGGCCCUCUGAGGGUAAAUGUCCAAAAGUUCGAAAGCAAAUUGUUUUAGAUGGUCCUGUUAGCUGUGGAAAAAGUACUGCACUUGCAAUGCUUGUUCACUGGGCACGUGAGGAAGGUUGGCUGGUCUUUUAUGUUCCAAAAGGAAAAGAGUGGACUCAUGGUGGGUUCUUUUAUAAAAACCCAGAAACUGGUCUUUGGGAUACACCAGUUCAGGCUGCAAAAAUCCUCCAGGAUUUUCUGAAAUGGAAUGAAUCUCGCUUACGAGAAUUACCUUGUCAAAUUUCUGAUCCUAUUCCGUUGGGAGAGGGUGCUGGUGUUGGCUGGAUGAAAGGAGUUGAUUCCAUGGCAAUGCCUGAAGGUUCUACAUUGUAUGACCUGAUUCAAACAGGUCUUACUUACACACAUGCAGCUGUUGGAGUGGUAGUUCGUUUGAGGAAAGAGUUAUCUCUUAUCAAAGAUAUUCCUGUACUUAUAGCAAUCGAUCAAUACAACAGCUGGUUUACAUUCAGUGAGUAUGGGGAGCCUGCAACUGUUCGUUCUUGGCGGCCCGUUCAUGCUAGAGAACUUGCAACGGUGAAUGCUUUUAGAACGAUGAUGCAUAAUGAUAUGAUGGUGGGGGCUUUCUCUCAUUCGACUGCAGUGGGAAAGCUACGUAAAGACCUACCAGAUGUUCCGCUAGAUGCUCGUGUCAACUUUCCUCGAUACAGCUUGGAUGAAGCUGCAACUGUCUGCCAUUACUAUCUUAGGCAAAGAUUGAUACGGCGUGAAGCAUUUUCAGAAGAGAAAUGGAAGAAGAUAUACUACUUGUCAAAUGGAAAUGGCUCAGAAAUGAGGUGGCUGGUUCCUUUUGUACGUUGACUGAUCCAAGGAGAUCCAGGUAGAAUGUGUUGAGACCUCAUUGUAUUCUUUUAUAUGAUCUUAUCUUGAGAAC